AGGACAACUUGCAGGAGUAAACUCUCCCAGCGUUCUGGGGGUCAAAUUAGUGUCCUAGGUUUUAGCAACUGGUGCCUUUACUUGCUGAUUUAUCUUCCUGGCCAAUAAUCCCUUUGUCUCAGUCUUACAAGUGCUGAUAUUACCGGCAUGCCGUCACCACACCAAGCUUUUAAUAUUAUUGUAGUGUGUGUGUGGGGGGGGGGUGGUGGUGGUGGUGGUGAGAAUUACUCGUAUCUCCCUCUUGUGGAGUUCAAAAACGUCACGGUGCACCUUGUCUGCAGAUUUUAAAGAAAGGCUUAUUUCCUAACUGAUCAGUGACCGCUCCAUUCUUUUCCUUCCGAGUGCUGAAAGGAAAGCCCCUUUCUUUUUCUAAUUUGGGUCUAGUGUUUAAGGGCCUGCAAAUUAGCGGAGACUACUGAAGAGACAAACAAAAUACAAUUAUCCUAAAGAAAAGUUUUAAAGUCUCAAUUUAACAAGGGGAGGGGGCCAAAGAGGGAGAAGAUUUUUUGUGUUUCACCAGAGGGUCUGGAAGGACACACGGAGCUUUUUUUAUGCUAACAGCCUGGAGCCGCUGUGUCUUCCGGAAGCUCCCUGGGGGGCGGGGGUGGGGGGGGACACGGAUGGCUCUUUAAUUUCGUCAGCCUUUGCUUUCCUCAAGAGCAAAAUCUAGUUAAUAUUUCUGUCUCUAUGGUAUUUCUACGGUAAGGUAAGGGUUUACCUUAAAAAAAAAAAUUAUCUUCAUGCCAGUGGGGGAGGAGGAAAUCUGAAGACAUUCUAAGAAGUUGGUUUGGGGCACCAAAAUUGGAGAUUUUAGUUAGGAAGGCCAGAAAGGAUCAAAGAGUGGGUCUUCAGAUUGCUCUGGAGAAGGCUACGAAACCAGGGAGGGUGACAAUCACCGCCCUCUAAGAGGGGUAGAAAGCGCAUAAUCCUAGAUCUGGUGCCGCGUUCAGGCUGGGGAACGAACUUUCGAGAACCCCGGUCAUCCGAGCUCCACCUGUUCCUUCAAGUUAUUUCCUCAAGUGCGGAGUUCUUUAUAAUAAUAUCCACGUCCUGAGGUGGUGGCGAGCGUUGACGACACUCGCUUACAGGAAGCGCUCACCAGGUCUGCUCUUUCCGGGGCUGGGUGGGGCGGAUUUGAGGACGCUUCAAGUGGGCUCCCCAGGAUGCGUCACUCGCCUCUGGCUUAUCAAAACUCCACCCGAGCCUCCUGAACCUCUUAACUUCCUCUCUUCCUGGUAGCAGCCUCGCAGUCUCGAGCUCGGGGCACCUCACGUCCAGCCUGGAACCGAGGGUGCGGCGGACCUGCCCGCGUAACGUUGCUUGCUUUCCAUUCGCUCUCCCGCGCGGCUGACUUUAAAUCUAACCCCAGGACCCGGUCCGUGAGGUCGGGCCUUGCGACGCCACCUCCGGAGUUGGAAAGCGAAACCGCUCUGUUCAGUGAGCGGCACCGCCCGAGUCCGCCCCUGGGGCCGCGCGUAAGUUUCGAUUCUCGGCGAAGCGGAGUCCCGCGCAGCGGCCAGAGCAGCGGCAGCCAUAGCGCGCCAUGGCCGAUCCCGGGGUGUGCUGUUUCGUUACCAAGAUCCUGUGCGCCCACGGGGGCCGCAUGACCCUGGAGGAACUGCUGGAUGAGAUCAGGCUCUCCGAGGCGCAGCUCUUAGAGCUGCUGGAGGCGGCGGGGCCCGAUCGCUUUGUGCUAUUGGAGACUGGAGACCAGGCCGGGAUCACUCGGUCGGUGGUGGCUACUACUCGAGCCCGCGUUUGCCGUCGCAAGUACUGCCAGAGACCCUGCGACAGCCUGCACCUCUGCAAGCUUAAUCUGCUCGGCCGGUGCCACUAUGCACAGUCCCAGCGGAACCUCUGCAAAUACUCUCACGAUGUUCUGUCGGAACAGAACUUCCAGGUCCUGAAGAAUCAUGAGCUCUCUGGGCUUAAUCAAGAGGAGCUGGCUGUCCUCCUUGUCCAAAGCGACCCUUUUUUCUUGCCUGAGAUAUGCAAGAGUUACAAAGGAGAGGGCCGAAAACAGAUCUGUGGGCAGCCACCACCGUGCGAGAGACUUCAUGUCUGUGAGCACUUCACCCGGGGCAACUGCAGUUACCUCAACUGUCUCAGGUCUCACAACCUGAUGGACAGAAAGGUGUUGGCUAUCAUGAGGGAGCAUGGGCUGAGUUCUGAUGUGGUCCAGAACAUCCAGGACAUCUGCAACAACAAGCACACUAGGCGGAACCCCCCUGGCAUGAGAGCUCCCCAUCCGCAUCGCAGAGGUGGCCCACACAGAGCCAGAAGCAAGAGCAGAGACCGCUUCCUCCACAACAGCCUAGAGCAUCUCUCAACUGUCUCACCUCUGGGAUCUGGUCCACCUAGCCCAGAUGUCACCAGCUGUAAGGAUUCCCUGGAGGAUGUGUCUGCAGAUAUCACCCAGAAGUUCAAGUACCUGGGGACUCACGACCAUGCGCAGGUCUCAUCUAAGGCUGCUGGUGUCCGAGGACCCAGUCAAAGGAGAGCAAGCCAGGAGUUUUCAGAGAAUGGGGAUCCAGAUGGCUUAUUUUCUAGGAAUCGUUCUGAAUCAUCCUCAAGUCGAGCUUCUGCUGCCUGCUUUCCUCUUGAUGCGGCACAAAGAAAUGAAGCCGUGGCCAUGAAAAUGGGCGUGCCUUCUGGACGCGGCAUGGAGGUCAAGGGCAAGAAUGACACCGAUCACAUGCCGUUUUUAAAUAGUUAUAUUGAUGAGGUGACAGUGGAAGAAGCAACACUGUCAGAAUUUCUAGGUAAAAGGGCCACGGCCAACGGUCUGGAAGAAAUGAUGUUACCUAGCAACCGUCGGAAGAGUGUGGUUAAGCCCCAGGAUCCCCAGACCUCUGGCAGAAUUACUGACAGUGGCCAAGACAUGGCAUUCCUGCUUAGUAAAUAUGGAGAAAUCCCAGGGUGGGCAAGUACAUCUAUCCUUAAUGCCCCAAAUGACUCUAGUCAAAUUAUGGAUGAGAUGCCUAAUGUCUCUAAAAGUACCACUGGAUUUGGUGUAAAAUCACCACCAGUUACUGGAGGAAAAGAAGCAGUCUAUUCUGGAGUUCAGAGUCUGAGAAGCCAGGUCCUGGCUAUGCCUGGGGAGACCACUACCCCUGUACAGGGCAGCAGCAGGCUGCCUCAGUCACCUCUGUCUUCCUCAAGCCACAGAGUUGCAGCCUCUGGUAGCCCUACAACACCCAAGAACAACACCAGUGCCUCUGUGAGCCUAGCCAGUGAACCCUCAAGGAUGACAUCAGACCCUGGUGAGUAUCUCCUACGCUACAUCGUAAGUCCUACAUCUAGUAUGGAUGAUCACGGCCUGAAGGAAAUCUGUCAGGACCAUCUGUACAAGGGCUGUCAACAGAGCAACUGCAGCAGGAGCCACUUCCAUCUGCCCUACCGGUGGCAGGUGUUCAUGUUUACCGCUUGGGUGGAUUUCCGGGACAUGGAGUACGUGGAGCAGGCCUAUUGUGAUCCCCAUGUUGAAGUCAUUUUGAUAGAAAAACAUCAGAUCGAUUUCCAGAAAAUGACUUGUGAUUCCUACCCCAUCCGACGCCUCUCCACUCCUUCAUCUGUUGAAAAGCCGCAUAGUUCCGCCUUCACCACCAAGUGGCUUUGGUAUUGGAAGAACGAAUUUAAUGAAUAUAUUCAGUAUGGGGAUGAGAGCCCAGGCCACACCCACUCCGAAAUCAACUCUACAUACCUGGAGUCUGUCUUCCAGUCCUGUCCCAGGGGAGUUUUGCCAUUCCAGGCCGGUUCACAGAAGUAUGAGUUAAGCUUUCAAGGGAUGAUUCAGACAAAUAUAGCUUCCAAGACUCAAAGGCAUGUUGUCAGAAGGCCAGUGUUUGUUUCUUCGAAGGAUGUGGAGCAGAAGAGAAGAGGUCCAGACCAUCAGCCAGUGAUGCCCCAGACAGAUGCUUCGCCCCUGUAUCCUCUUCCCCAGAGGAGUGCUAUCACUGUUCCUCCUAAUGAUUAUGAGUUUCUAGAACUCAAUAGCCAGGAUGCGGAGUAUGUCAAAAUAAGUGAAGACUUUAGAGCAUCCAUGAAACCUUUCAAGAUUGUGAAGAUACAGAGGAUAUGGAACCAAAGGCUCAGGGAUGCUUUUGACAGGAAGAAGCAAAAGAUGAAAAAUAAAACUGAGAUGCUCCUGUUUCACGCAGCACACCGGACUCAUGUGGAUUAUAUCUGUAGGAAUAAUUUCGAGUGGGUCCUACAUGGAAACCGGGAGACCCGAUAUGGAAAAGGAAAUUAUUUUGCAAAAGAAGCCAUCUAUUCCCAUAAGAAUUGUUUAUAUGAAACCAGAAACACUGUUAUGUUUGUAGCCCGAGUCCUGGUUGGAAAUGUCAUUGAAGGAAAUAUGACAUUCAGUAGCCCUCCUGCGCUCUAUGACAGCUGUGUGGAUACCAGGCUGAAUCCCUCUGUCUUUGUCAUUUUCCGGAAAGAACAGAUUUACCCAGAGUAUGUAAUUGAGUACGUGGACUCAGAGAAAGAGAAAGGGUGCAUAAUUAGUUAGGAAUGACGUAUGCAGCGCCGAAACCAUUCUGUUGCUGUCUAGGACCAAGCCAUCCCCAGACAGUAGACAGGCUUUUACAUCCCCUUGCUACAUUACCUAACGUCUUAAACCAGCUUCUUGUCCCAAGUCCAUCUUUACCUCCCCAGUACCAGCCCUUCUGGUGUUCUUAUCAUCCUUGGUGCCUUCUGUACCUAAGUCAUUAGUUCUAGAUGAACUAUUCUGUUAGUUUUUACCACCUAGUAGUCAAUAUCUGUUUUGUCUAAUAUUCACAGUGCAAUUCGGGUAUAGAUUCUCCACACAAUUACAUUAAUUAAAAAAAUAUAUCAAAUUGACUAUAAUGUAAGAGGGAAGUAUAAGGUCAUAACUUCGGCACGACUUUACAGUACUAAGAAAUAAUGGAGUCGUCAGAUGCCUACACGUACCUUGAACCAGUAUGAGCUUAUAAGAAAGGAAUUGGAGGAACAUGAAAAAGCAGGAACAUGUGUAGACAUCAGAGUAAAAACUAACGAUACACGUUAUUUGCAAAUGUCAGCAACUAUCUGUACAAGGUAAGAACGAAAUACCUUCAUUGAAAUAAAGCUACAGCACAAAAGAACUUACAGAUUGUCAAAACAGCGGGAAUGAAGAGAUACAUUCUUGCAGACGAGCUGUAGGUAGUACACGAAUGUCUAAAGAGACAUUCAAAACUCGAAUAGGGCGCAGAGUGAUUUCUUAUUGUGAGGAACUGCCCAGUGUAUUGAAAAAUGCAUAGUUGGCUCUCACAUGCUAAAUGCCAGUGGUGCCCUCCUUUGCCCGAAGUCAUGACAACCACAGACCCUACUAGACCUGUCCAUCCUUUUAAAGGUACAUCUUUUAUAACAUCCUUUGCCAUCUUGAGAUGAUUUAUAGGUAAUCUAAUCUACAUUUAAGUUUAUUCAGACUUAAUUUAGUGCCCUACUUAUGUUAUAAAUGGAAACUUAGAAAGUCAGAACUCUGGGAAGGAUACAAACUGUAAGUGCUCAGGCAUGACUAUGCUAUCAGCUACGAAACAUGUUAACUCUCACUAGGAAUACGUUUGGCUUAAGAGUCCAGCAGGGCUAACAUCUGAGCUGAAUGAAGUACAGGAAAAUGAAAGAUGAAAGGGAUGUGUGACAGAAUGCAGUAUUAGGGUACACCACAGCAGACUCCGUACCUUAUCUAUGGUGAAGGAAAGGGCGCAGUCACUUUGAUUGAAAUGAUAGAUAAUAAGACAGGACAAAUUACAGUCUGUCUCAGAGGAAUCCAAGGAUUCUUUCUCAGACAUGUUGUAGGUCCUGCAUAAAUGUCCAACAGGACAUUAGCCAGUCGUAAAGGUGCAGAACGGUUUGUGUGUGGGACUGACCCAUCCACACACAGCAGGGCGCUUGUUCUGCCUCAGGCUGCAUCUACUCAGUGCCGUUAAUAAACUUCAGAUACAAAGCCAACAACCAUCACUCUCCAGUAUACUACAUUGGGGACCACUGAUCUAGUUAAUGGUAGUACUCUUAGAUAAUUCAAUUGUUAUUUCCAUUGUUUUACUACAGAAUAAACCAGAUCCUUGCUUCUCAAGCCCCUGGUUUUUAAAAAUGCUAUGUUCCUUGAUUUAUAAUCUUUCUUGUUUGCUCAAUAAAAAGAAAAAAGUAAUUUGA